CAAGGUGUACGGUUAUGUCUCACGUAGCGAGGAGGGCGAGUUAAUGGUGGUGAGAAGAAUAAAGUUUUCUCCCAAGGUCGACACCAGUUCUUCGGCGCUUCAAUGUACUCCUUUUCUGUGGCGAACAUAGAUAAUUCAUUUCCGGGUUUUGUACCGCCCCCUUUUCCCUGGAGGUCAUCUAGAACCGGAAGUAAUUAAAUGUUGUCAACAUUACGUGACAAAGUGGUCUGACUGAAGCUCCGCUAUGAAUGGCGGAGUGUGUGCGAGACUCCUGCGGGCUUCAGCCUCCCGCUGCUGGACGGUGUCGGCGGGUUGGGGGCCUCAAGCCCGCAGGAGUCAGUCUCGGUCCGGAGGUGGUACCGCGAAUGUGUUCGACCGGACCAUGAAGAAGAGACAGAAGGGCUGGGCGGCAUCAGCGAAGGACAGUCGGAAGUAUGAUUACUUGAGAGAAGAGGUUGGCAGUCGAGUGGCUGACCGCGUGUACGACGUCACCAGGACGUUUCCUGUGGCAUUGGAGGUCGGCUCCGGCCGAGGACACAUAGCUCAACAUUUAAAUAAGGACGUUGUGGAGCGUUUGUUCCUAACGGACAUCUCAGACGUCACCCUGCCGCAGGUCAACAGGGGUGAAAUGACGACACACGUGCUCAUGGCCGACGAGGAGUUUCUUCCUUUCAAGGAGAACACCUUUGAUUUGGUGCUGAGCAGCUUGAGUCUCCACUGGAUCAACGACCUGCCUGGAGCACUCAGACAGAUCCAUCACGUCCUCAAGCCGGAUGGCGUCUUCAUCGGGGCCAUGGUGGGCGGGGACACGCUCUACGAGCUGCGCUGUUCUCUCCAGCUGGCCGAGACUGAGAGGGAGGGGGGCUUCUCCCCUCACAUAUCUCCCUACACGGCCGUCACCGACCUGGGUAACCUUCUGGGCCAGGCAGGCUUCAAUAUGCUGACUGUGGACACAGAUGAGAUCCAUGUCCAUUAUCCGAGCAUCAUGGAGGUCAUGAUGGACCUACAAGGGAUGGGCGAAAGUAACUGUGCUUGGAACAGAAGAGCCAUGUUGCAUCGGGACACCAUGUUGGCUGCCGCCGCUGUUUACAAAGAGAUGUAUGGGAACGAGGACGGCUCCAUCCCCGCCACAUUUGACAUCUUCUACAUGAUUGGCUGGAAGCCUCACGCGUCUCAGCCCAAAGCAGCCAAACGAGGCUCGGCCAGCGUCUCUUUUCGAGAUUUAUCCCAAAUCACGCAGGAUCCCAGUCACAAGUGAACCACUGUACUUCAACUAUUUUGUAUUAAAUAUAUUCAAAAUUAA